CCACACCUCUGUGGCGGGGAAGGACGGACUCGCUUUUCACUGAAACAAAGUCAUACUGUGUUUUGCAUCCACAGUGGGCGACUGCUAUGGCUAAUAUUUAACUUUUAUAGCACUGUAACUUAACAGUGCCAUUUCCGCAUUUAUCAGUAAGCUAACAGCUAGGUAAAACCUACAGUCUAUGGUUAAAAGUGAGUUCAUAUGGGCACAUUUACAGCCAGUUCACGGCACAAAGUAUAGAUCGGACAGAUAGGACAGUAUGGAGGAGAAGAAGGAGCUGUCAGCGAUGUAAAAAGGUAUUGUCCUGCCUGGGGUCUGUUCAUGACGGCAAAUAUCUCGGCGAUGCUCAGCGCUAGCUAAGGUCUCAGAGAACUACAUUUUUUGGCCUCAUCUCCUUAACCUGGAUUUGGAGGUUUCAGCGAUGGAUUUCCACCCAUAAAUUUUUGUUACUUCACAUUGAUCAUUUCACUGAUUGACUGUCCAGAUCAGCAACAUGUUUCACCACCAUGGGAUGACUGGUCAGUGUGUCUGUGGCUGUUAGUAUGUUCUCUGAAAUGUCCCACACGGAGGAAAUAUCUUAAACUAUAGCAUAACAGCAACCACUGUUGCCAUUUUCACUGGUUCACAUUAGCAAAGUCAAACAGCAAUGGGCUUCUGUUCGCCUGUGUGCAAGGUUUUGCGAAGGGGGAAGUAUUUUGUACUGCUCUUUCUCUCGCUGUCACUGCUGGCAUGGAUUGCAACUUUUUCAGGCGAAAUAGUUAAAUCCAUUCAGGUUUCCUCCGUCACAACACAAGCUCUUGUCAAAGAAGACAGUCUAAGGGAUAAACUCAACUCUUGGACUGCAUCACCUUCUCGCUUAAAUACUCCACCACCAAAAGGCGAAUGCCCUCAGGGGUCACCACUGCUACAAGGAGCUGUGAAGCUGUCCUUUGAGUCCUCUCUGAAACUGAAGGAUGUGGAAAGUGAGAACAAAGGAGUGACUGAAGGCGAGUAUGAGCCCAAAGACUGUACAGCGAGGCAGAGCGUAGCGAUCCUCAUCCCUCAUCGCAACCGAGAGAGACACCUCCUCUACCUCCUGCACCACCUGCACCCCUUUCUGCAGAGGCAGCAACUGCAUUACGCCAUUUAUGUCAUCCAGCAGGCUGGUCGUGCAACCUUUAACCGUGCCAAGUUACUGAAUGUUGGGUAUUUGGAGGCACUGAAGGACUACAGUUGGGACUGUUUCAUCUUCCAUGAUGUGGACCUGGUUCCUGAAAACGAUCACAAUUUAUAUGUCUGUGACAAGCAGCCCAAACACUUGGUGGUGGGCCGCAAUGCCACAGGAUACAAGCUGCGUUACAAAGGCUACUUUGGAGGAGUCACAGCCAUGACCAAAGACCAGUUUCUUCAAGUGAAUGGAUUCUCAAACACUUACUGGGGUUGGGGGGGCGAAGACGAUGACCUUCGCAUCAGGGUUGAGCUGCACAAAAUGAAGAUUGUGCGACCGCCGGCUGAUGUAGCUCGCUAUACCAUGGUGUUUCACAAACGAGACAGCGGCAAUGAAAUAAACAAGGACAGGAUGAGGUUACUAGGACGAACACCACAGGUAUGGAGAAAGGAUGGACUCAACAGCUGCUCAUACAAGACUUUGUCAGUAGAGAGGCUGCCUCUUUAUGUGAAUGUUACUGUGGAUAUUGGUAAGCCACAGAGUUGAGAUUUCAAACAAGAACCCCUGCUGUGACCAAAAAAUAUUUUAUGAUAUACUUUAUACAGUAUGCCAGGCCUCUGAUGGCAGGAAAGCAACUAUAUGUGUAAAACACAACACAUUAAGCACACAAAAUGCACAUUGUUUUGAUUAGUUUUUCAUAUUAAAAUUGAGUUCAGGUGGCAACUGCAUUAGCUGGUAUGUCUUUGCAUAUUUUUGCAUAUCAUGCUUAAUCUCUUCAUAUUAUUACCUGGCUUUCUUCAUAAUGUGUCUGGGCAGCAGAAUUCCAAAAAAUAAUAAUUUUAUUUUUCUUUCAAGGAAUGGUUGGCUUAGAUCAAAUUAAGAAGUUGGCCAUAAAUAUUCCUGGUACUCAAAUUAUGUUGUUAAAACAACAAGCUGUCAGACUUCAAUUAAUUUAUGCCUUAUUAUUUGCCUGCGUGAUAUAUUACAGCGUAAAACAUGCUGUUUUAUAAAAAGCCAGUUACACAUGGACAGUGUGUAUUUUGUGUGCUUCAUUCUGUGGAUACAUUGACUGCCUAAAGUCCCUACAGACACAGGUGUUGUCGUUUAUUUUGCCUGAGCAGAGGAUUUAUAAGCCAGAUAACAGAGCACCAGUGUAGGUGCGCAGAGCCUAUAAGAGUAAGUUAAUGCUGAGGUUUCUUGAACUCAAGGCUAGUAGAUAUGUUUUAUUGAAACUGACAUGUUCAUGACAAAAUGUAGACAAUGAGUAAUCUGAAAUAAAAUUAACACUGGAUCAUUUCACAAGAAUAAUAUAAUAAUAAUAAUAUAAUAUUAAUUGAUUUUUUUUUUUUUUCAAAACAAACUAACAGCAAUAGAGCAACAGGCUUUUAGAGUACCUACAAAAAUCCCUCUUAGACUGACCAUGAUUUAUUUUUAUACAGUGUUGAAGCACAGUGGAUGUAAUGAGGUCUUUUUUAGAUCAACGAAAAGGAUACAAACAGAUUAUCAUUUAAUCUAAGUUAGGUUUAAUUUAUCUUCAUUAUCCAAAUCUAAAAUUUCUGGUGCUUGUUCAUAGAAGACAAAGUGAACAUAUCAGUGAAAUUCUAGAAAUCUUAAUAAUGCUAGAUAUCUGAGGUCUUCCUCUUCUCAAACUCAUAAAGUGAACAUAAUUAAUUUGGAUAUAAAGUUACAAUAUAGUUUUGCAUCAGUCUUUCAUCAGACAACAGAUGAACCUUGAGGAAAAAAAAACUCAAGGACCACUGAAGCAAUAACAAUACAUGGAAGGCUGAUAUCAAGUGAUAUUAAAUUUCAAUCUUAUUUGAAAAAAAAAACUAUAACUAACUAUAUGUCACAUUUGCAGCAGACUUUUUUACUUGUGACAGCAGGAAACACAGGACACAAACCUGAAACUGACUCGCUCACAUGAAUUGCUGCCUUGUUAAUAUUAUUUAUUAUGCGCGUGUUUCAUGCUAUGACAUGUCAAAAUGUCUGCUGUGAAAGAGCUCUGUUGGAAGGUUACAAUAAUUUCUGCUCUUAAGAAUUGGUCUGCUCUUAAAUCUCUUGCUGCUCCACAAUAAUCCUAAAUUAUUAUUGCUGUUUUAAAAUUAGUAACUAAAAUACACUCGGGCUGCCUUGAGCCAACUGGCUUUAUUUACAGAGCAUGAGAGCUUGAACACCUUUGACUCAACAAUGUUUUUGUCUUAAAAAGUAUUUCUGUGAGCCAUAAUAUCAAGAUGAUUUCUUAUACUGCAUGUUUUUUUUUAUAUAUAUUAGGCCUUAAAUGCUUCAUUUUUAAGCAGAAAUUAAUGGGUGGUGGAUUCUUAUUUAUUACACUUUUUUUUAAAUGAUAAUUGCAGACUUUUGAGAACAUCAGUAUAAAUUCUUCUAUUUAUCGUAUGUGAAGAAAUUUCAGUCGAGAAAAAUUUGCAUACGUAUACUUUGAUCAUUGCAUGCUGCCUAGAAAUGUGUGUCUGAUACACUCAUAUCAAGUUUUUUUUUUUAACAAUUAUAUAUAUAUAUAUAUAUAUAUAUAUAAUAUAUAUAUAUAUAUAGAUAUAUAUAUAUUUAAGGUAGUAUAGCUACUGUUAUGUUACAAGGACUAUAUGUUCUGUUUUUAUUUUUCUGACCAGCAAGUCUAACUUCUUUCAAACCUGAGCAAUAUUACUAACUAUACUGGAAAACAUAGUUACACUUUACUUGAGCCAUUCAUUAUAUUUUCAUAUUCACAACUUUUAGACUAGAGCUUCAUAAUAACUACAGGCUGCUCUAAACGACAACAUUUUCUGUUUGUGUGUGUGUGUGAACUGUUGCUCCAGUGAUGAACUGAACUAGUCUUCAUAAAACGGCAGUAUGCUGUAGCCAUUAUGAAGCUCUAAGCAUUGUUAUACAUAAACAUUAUACCAGAAUACAAGUUUUCUAUGUUGUUUGUGGCCUGACCGUUAUUUCCGUGGUUAUUUCUCCACUUCUGACUGAACCUUUUUGUUUUUUAUUUGUUUAAAACUUUCAUAUGUGAAAAUAUUCUAUGUGCACAAGUUAAAGUACAUCUUUUUUUGUAAAAUGAUCACAACCAAGAAAAUUUGUGGUAGUGUUGUAGCAUCAAACGUUUGACUGACAUUUUUUUUUUUUUUUUGAAUUUGUAAUUUAUAUGAAUAAUUGUUUGAAAUUCAAAGUGAUGCCAUAUAAACCUUUUGAGAAUGUCAUUUGGUGGAUUUGUUUUGAAUGUUCCUAUGUUGAUUUUGGAUGACGUGUCAUGUUUUGUUUGUGUUUAAGGGAGAACGUUGAUCAUGACAGAGAAGGAGAUUAUGCAUUUCACUUCUAAUAGGAUUAUUUUCUCUUUAGAAGACAUUUAAUAAAUAGUAUUUUUUCUUA